GAUCCCUUUGGCCAUGGAGAGCUGACCUAGCAGAGCAUCCAAGCCUACUCAGGCCGAACCAGAAGCACCUCCUCACCCACUGCUCCUGCUGCUCACAGCAGGCGGGGAAGACUGAGGGUCUUCAUGCUGUUUCCCUGAUCUCCUAGGAUGGAUGUGUGUGGCUGGAAAGAAAUGGAGGUUGCUCUGGUCAACUUCGAUAACUCAGACGAAAUCCAGGAAGAACCAGGCUAUGCCACAGACUUUGACCCAACCACCCCAAAAGGCCGACCUGGGAGCAGCCCCUUCUCCAACUGGAAGACCCUCAUCAACGAUAGCACCAGCCAUGAGACGGUCUUCUCCAAGCUCCCAGGAGACUACAUUGAUUCCCCAGGGCCUGAGACAGUGGUCUUAAAUGAAGGAAACCAGCGGGUGAUCAUCAACAUUGCUGGCCUGAGGUUCGAGACCCAGCUCAGAACCCUCAAUCAGUUCCCAGAGACCCUCCUGGGAGACCGGGAGAAAAGGAUGCAGUUCUUUGACUCCAUGAGAAAUGAGUAUUUCUUUGACAGGAACCGGCCUAGUUUUGAUGGGAUCCUAUACUAUUACCAAUCUGGUGGGAAGAUCCGGCGCCCAGCCAAUGUCCCUAUUGACGUCUUUGCAGACGAGAUCUCCUUCUAUGAGCUGGGCAGUGAGGCCAUGGACCAGUUCCGAGAGGAUGAAGGCUUCAUCAAAGAUCCUGAAACAUUGCUCCCCACCAAUGACAUCCACCGGCAGUUCUGGCUCCUCUUUGAGUAUCCUGAGAGCUCCAGUGCUGCCCGUGGUGUGGCUGUGGUCUCCGUCUUGGUCGUGAUCAUCUCCAUCACCAUCUUCUGCCUGGAGACUCUUCCUGAGUUCCGAGAGGAUAGGGAGCUGAAGGUGGUGAGAGACCCCAGCCUCAAUAUGAGCAAAACAGUCCUCUCUCACACCAUGUUCACUGACCCUUUCUUCAUGGUGGAGUCCACCUGCAUCGUGUGGUUCACAUUUGAACUGGUGCUCCGGUUUGUGGUCUGCCCUAGCAAGACUGACUUCUUCAGGAACAUCAUGAACAUCAUUGACAUCAUCUCCAUCAUCCCCUACUUUGCAACCCUCAUCACGGAGCUGGUCCAGGAGACAGAGCCGAGUGCCCAGCAGAACAUGUCCCUGGCCAUCCUGAGGAUCAUCCGCCUGGUGAGGGUCUUCCGCAUCUUCAAGCUCUCCCGCCACUCCAAGGGGCUGCAGAUCCUGGGGCAGACACUGAAGGCUUCCAUGCGGGAGCUGGGGCUGCUCAUCUUCUUCCUCUUCAUUGGCGUCAUCCUCUUCUCCAGCGCGGUCUACUUUGCCGAGGUGGAUGAGCCAGAGUCCCAUUUCUCUAGCAUUCCUGAUGGCUUCUGGUGGGCAGUGGUCACCAUGACAACUGUGGGCUAUGGGGACAUGUGCCCGACCACCCCAGGGGGGAAAAUCGUGGGCACUCUGUGUGCCAUCGCAGGGGUCCUCACCAUUGCCCUUCCUGUGCCUGUUAUUGUCUCCAACUUCAACUACUUCUACCAUCGGGAGACUGAGAAUGAGGAGAAGAGCAUCCCAGGAGAAAUUGACAAAGUCCUCCACAGUGCGGGCUCAAGAAUGGGCAGCACAGACUCUCUUAGCAAGACCAACGGUGGCUGCUCUGCAGAGAGGUCCAGGAAGUGAUAUCUCCAGGGCUUCUUGG